UCUGUCCAUCGCCACGCACGGACGUGGCUUAAUAAAGAUGAACAAUUAUUUAUUUUGUUUCGUUUUAAGUGCUGUGUUAGUAUGUGGGUGUGCUGGGCCUUUUAGAGCCUUAUUGUACUCCGAUUGGAUAACAUGUGACCAUGACAAAAACCUUGGCUUCGGAGUGAGCGAAACGCAAAUAUUCUUCUACGACUUCCAGAACAACUUUAAUCUGUCGUUCCCAAUCGACAGUGCUGUCGAGGGUCUUACGUCCAGCUACAACUUAGAUAUCUCUAGAAGACUGGUCUUUUUCGUACCAGGCUACAAGUCUCACAUCAGCAAGAAUACCGAAGACCUGGUUCGACAAGCCUUCAGUACGGUACCAAACAUAUACUUGAUCAUAGUAGACCAUUCCGCAUACACGUCAAGUAAGGGAGGGAAAAUCGCAAGCUAUGAACGCUCAGUCAGAUCCGCCUACUACAUUGGAACUGCCUUAGGAACGUUCCUCUCUGGUCUACGCGCCAAAGGGUUCCCUUCAGAUAAAAUUCACUGCAUAGGCCACAGUUUGGGUAGUCAAAUGCUUGGCUACACAGGGACAAAAUACACGGAAUUGACAAAAGAAAAAAUCUGGCGAGUGACUGGUUUAGAUCCAGCAGGCCCUUGCUUCUCAAACAGUUUCAUAGAAAACCAGAUCAGAUCUGGAGUCGGACAAUACGUAGAAGUGUAUCAUUGCAAUGCUGGAGACUUGGGUACUACUGCUGUACUGGCAGAUAUUGACUUCUUCUUUAAUAAGAAGGGACAUAAGCAGCCUUCUUGCCAUGAAGGUUUGAUACCAGCCAAAGGUGAGAGCGAUGCUGCGAAGUGCAGUCACAAAGCUUGCGUGAGGUACUACACAAUGUCCGUGCAUUUACAGAAUGGUUUUCUCGCUUGGGCUUGCGAUAAUUAUGACCAUUAUUCUGAAGGGAAAUGUGCAGCCAAUCAGGUGACGAUAGCAGGGUACAACAACCCUGGAAACGCUACGGGCGUGUUCUAUGUUUCAACAGAGAUGUAUGGGAUUGAAUGAUAGUGUAAGUGAUUUGAUGGACUUGGUUUAACGCGGAGUCACGUGAUUGUGUCUAAUCAUUUGUAUUAUGGUGCUAUUCACUGCUUUGUAUAGAACUAUGCUUAAUUGUUUUGGAGUGACGGCUCGACUAGAUGUUUCCUCCACUUUGUACAAUAUUGUCAAUUUAUUGUUGGCUACAAC